GCAUGGCGUGCGGUUGUGUCAACCCAUUGCCAAUCGCCGCGGUAUCCUACGGGCGAACGUAAAAUUAUUUUGCAAGCUAAAAAUGGAGUUGCGAGUGCUAUAUGAAUAAUUACCUUUUAAACAAUCGAACUGCACUACAAUAACGUGCAUUUGUGUUUGUUUUGUACAAAGUUUAUUUCGGUCGCAUUUAUGAUUCGCGUAUGUGCAUUUCGUUAAUAAUUUGUACAUUGGAUAUUUAAGCUUCUUUUCAAUACCCCAUCGGUCCAAUACAGUGACUUAACACCCGAUAUCAAUACCAUAUCCUUCGAUGUAAAUAUAUUUUGUAAAGAUUUUGCGUAGAACCCGCGUGAGCACCAAAGUUUUGGAACUUAACGCUUAGUGUUAGUGUUUGUGUAUAAAUGUAAUUAAACAUAUCUACGUAGAACUAUAGAACAAACUAGUCCAGUGAAGUUUACUUACACAACGAACCUAAUUGAUAUCGAUUUUUCACUAUACAAGAUAAUUUAACAAAAUGUCGGUGCCAACAACAGACAGUACCGAAGCCAUCACAAACUCAGGGUAUGGGAGCAGCGAUGAAACAGCCAGCCUCCUCGUCUCUGGACCUUCUGUGACGGUCAUAGUCCCCACAGAAAACAGGACCGUGAAACCAGUCCUGCAAAGGCAAGACUGCACUACCCAUUUGAGACCACAACUCUCAGGCGGCCCUGGAAGCGAAGAAAGUGCUACUUCCAUUCGCAUGGAAGAGGGCGCUGCGAGGAGUGUCCCUGACAUAGAACUACAAUGUCGAGACCAGCCCGCCGACCGACCCCAGACAUUAGUUUCGCCGGUCACAACCUGCUCUCACCGAGGCUCCGUCACCGCCUGCCAAUUAGUUCCACACACGUACUCGAGAUGUCGCGUUUGCGAACGGAGGCAAUCAACGGCGCCAAUGUCGGCGCUGCAACUAGCGCGCUCUGUGUCGAGGGAGAGUGUACGAUCCGCUUUACACUACCCUUGCGGGUGCAGCUCACUCCACGCUGUCAGCACGUGCCCUGUCAUACAACCUCCAGCCUUAUUGCUACCUACCACAAGUACGAGAAUCAUCCGGCAAAGUUCGCAGCCGGAGUCGAGCGCAUGCGCGGCGCACUGUCCUCAUCACGCCCACCAUCACCCUAGCGCCUCACUGCGACAAUUACGGGAACCAGGGGACGGAAUAGCCGGCAUCGCAGCGGAUUCGUUACGUAUCAACGGUGGCAUGCGACCCUUCAAACAGCUGCGAAAGCCGGUGUCGACGCUUUCGAUCCCGGGUGCGAUGAAGGCUUACUCCGGCGGCGGGAGGGACGCGGGUGGCGAGGAGGCGGGCGUAGCUCUCGUCGGGGUCCACAGCGAGUACCCGCGCUUCGGAGAAGAGAGAGCGCUCGGCGGCGGCACAUACAAAGGCGGGGGCACAGCUAAGCACAAACCCAAUAUAGGAUAUAGGUUAGGUAGAAGAAAGGCGUUAUUUGAAAAGAGGAAACGAAUAAGUGACUACGCUUUAGUGAUGGGAAUGUUUGGUAUUAUAAUUAUGGUUGUAGAAAAUGAACUUUCCAGUGCUGGUGUAUAUACUAAGGCAUCAAUAUAUUCUCAGGCGUUAAAGACGCUAAUAUCAAUGUCGACUGUGAUUUUACUUGGCCUAAUCGUCGCGUAUCAUGCUUUAGAAGUACAGUUAUUUAUGAUAGACAACUGCGCUGACGACUGGCGGAUAGCGAUGACGUGGCAGAGGAUAGCCCAGAUCGGGCUGGAGCUCGCCAUUUGCGCCGUCCACCCGAUCCCAGGACAAUACACCUUCACUUGGACCACUAAGCUGGCAAACAAGGGUGGUGUUAUAGGCGUCGAAGUUGUGCCGUACGACGUUACUUUGUCGCUGCCUAUGUUCUUCAGGCUCUAUCUUAUAUGCAGGGUCAUGUUACUUCACAGCAAGUUGUUCACCGACGCGUCUUCAAGGAGUAUAGGUGCUCUGAACAGGAUAAAUUUUAACACAAGAUUUGUCUUGAAGACUCUAAUGACAAUUUGCCCCGGUACUGUUUUAUUAGUAUUUAUGGUAUCUCUUUGGAUCAUCGCGAGCUGGACGCUGCGGCAGUGCGAGAGGUUUCACGACGAAGAACAUGCUAAUCUACUGAAUGCGAUGUGGCUUAUUGCCAUUACGUUUCUCUCCGUUGGUUUUGGUGACAUAGUACCGAACACUUAUUGCGGCAGAGGUAUCGCCGUUAGCACCGGCAUAAUGGGGGCGGGAUGUACUGCAUUAUUAGUGACGGUUGCUUCGAGAAAGUUAGAGUUAACUAGAGCGGAGAAACAUGUGCAUAACUUCAUGAUGGAAACGCAACUAACUAAAAAGCUGAAAAAUGCUGCGGCCAACGUGCUCCGAGAGACUUGGUUAAUAUACAAACAUACGAGGCUCGUAAAAAGAGUGCAUCCAGGUCGGGUCAGGACACAUCAAAGAAAAUUUUUGUUAGCUAUUUAUGCAUUACGAAAAGUUAAAAUGGAUCAAAGAAAACUAAUGGACAAUGCCAACACAAUAACAGACAUGGCAAAGGACCCCUUCCUUUUACAGACGCAGAAUACCGUCUACGAAAUAGUCUCGGAUAUGAGCACGAGGCAAGAUACCAUAGAAGAGAGGCUGACUAGUUUAGAAGAAAAACUAACUUCAUUACAAGAGCAGGUAAACAAUUUACCUGACGUAAUGGCUCGGUGUCUCCAACAAUGUUGGGAGCGAGCCGAGCAGAGAAGGAAUUUCCUUCACCCCGACACAGCCGCCGUGCCUACACCACCUUCAUCUACUAUUACUCCCUAUGCCAGAACCAUGGCAUCAGCAUCCCACCCCUGGCCUCCAAGUCCAGUAUUACAACCUGCAGGCAGGACGCAUUCGGCCCCGGAGAGCACGACAGCGCGCUCGCCGACGCCAGUGCAGCAGCAACCCACCAGCCCCGCGCCCCACGCGUCUCGACCUCCCCUACCCAGCUGAGUACCGCCUUCCAACUCCGAACUCCUGUGCUGAACUCGACGAAACUCGGCGCCCGUCCUCUGACCCCCCUUUUAUCACGACUACGCCCCAGUGAGGUUACCGGGAAAAUUAUUUUACACUGAGAACCACAAAUUUGACAAUACUAAUAUUAAUGUCACGAUUGCCAAAUAUUAUUGCACUCUAUAGAUAAAGUAACGUUAGAGUAAUGAAAUAGCUAAUAGUAAUUAAAGGCAGGACUAAUAUUGUCGAAAUAGUAAAUUCUUGAAUCGUUUUCAAAUUGUCUUUAGAAUUAUUGUAGAAUUUUGCAACGUGAAAUUUUACGAAUUUCUAUAUAGGAAAAAUAUUUUAUUGUGUUAAAAGCACUAUUUGUUGACGUUAUCUAUUUUUUUAUUAUUUUAACCGUAUGAGUACACAAUAAAAUACAAAUUGAAUUAAUAAUAAGUAUAAUACUUGCACUAGAUAUUUUGGUUCUUAAGAAUUAUUUUGUUAAAUGUAAAAUUUAAAUUAAACGAGAAGUAAAAUGAUUUUUCCGGUGGACCGAUGGACCACGCCGCGGUGCGAGAAAAAGGUCAGCCGUAGUUUUCUUCGCUGUUCCCCAGUUUCGGAUGUGCCAGACUGUUCUUUAGUGUUAUUGUUUAGAUAGUGAAUGAAACGUGGUGGAAAGGACUUGCUGUUGUGAUUAUACAAAAUGCUUUAUCGAUAGACGCUUUAGCUAAUACGUUAGAUGAUAUUUUGAAUACAUUAUGAACAUUAGCCUAGGAGACUAGUGACGUCACGUCUGUUCACGUUUUAUCCGAUGUUCAAAGAACCAAGUUACACUGUUUCAUAGGUUGAAUGUGUUUUUAAGCUUUGUGAAUACCACUGACAGUUGUAAUUUUAGUACGUUGAGAAAUCUUAUGGAAAAUCCGAAAUUAGUUUAUGUAAUUAUUAGGUUUCACAGAUUUCUCGAUGUAUCUAGAAUAGUCAAAUAUUGUGAAUUAAAAUUUUGUAAAUCCAAAAUAUUACAUACGCAUAAGUUUGAAUUUACGAUUAUAAUUAGAUGAAUUCUGACUGUGUUUGUAUAGUAUAUACAGCAUAACAGAUAUCAAUGUAUAGAUUGGUUUCAGUUCCUUGUAUUAGUUUUGCCAGUAUACCUAUAGUUAGCGACGCCACGAUAUGGAAAAUUAUAUCACUUGCCAGACUUAGAUUUAGAGAAUGGACUAUACAAUAUACUCCAUCGAAGAUAGACCUUUGUGGAUGUUAAACAUUCAAGUUUUUGAAAAUAUUUCAAAAUGUUUGAAGUUUCGCAUGAUCACAUUUACUUAUAAUAAAUCUGUAUACACAAUUUAUUUAGAUAAUAGGUAAAUUGAAUUGUUACUACCUGCCUAUUGACAUGUAGAUUGUAAACGGUUUUUCUAAGAAUAGAGUUAACGAAAGCUUUGUAUAAGACAUUAAGAUUGAUGGCUGUCUAAAUAGUGCCUAAAACACUACGAAAUUUCGAUAAUUCAGUUUUAAUAUCUUUAAUAACUUAUGAAUAUGUAAAUAGGUAAAUAAAAAAAUAAUGAGAGUAUAAUAUUUAGUGUAUAUCGGAUUUUUUAGCUGUAAAAAUACGUGUAAUGGGAACAAUUUGUUUGUACAUUUUGUUUUACACAGCUCCAUGUAAAUAAGUACCUUACCUUGUGGUACCGUCUUCACGUGUAAAGUUAAAAUUGUAACUGAGGACAUUUAUUACAAUAACUGUAGUAAUCACUGAGUUUGUAAACUAUAUGUUGUUUGUACAUUAUAUUAUUAGUGACUUUUGUUACAUGAAAUUGAGUAAAAUAUAUAUAGUAAUAUUUAUGUAAAAUUGAUUCGAUUAGGAAUUGUAUGUUGGGCCACUGAUUUCAAUUCACAUUUUAUUUUAAAGGUUUUGUAGUAUCACUUUAAUAUCUAAAGCGGUACAUAAUAAUAAAUCGUAAUAAACAGUUUUCGUUCGCUAUAUUUGAGUAUUUAACAAAUAAUGUGAUUAGCUUUUAAACAUAAUUACUAUUUUGUGUAUUUCUCUCAACAAAUUAAAAUAUAAAUUAAAGAAUAACCUCUACUAAAACACUUGAAGUGACCGAAUUAUAACCAUAGAUUUCUUUACGAUUGAAAUAAUUAAGGUUGAAAUAAGAAGUAUAAUGUUAAAAAUUCAUGUUGACAUAUUUUUAAAUAUCUCGGAGGUAAUUUUAAUAAAAGCCGAAAUAAUUUUAAUUAUUUUAUUUCUCAUUUAGAAUGUUUCCAGUUGGUUUGACAGUGAAUUGAUUUCAGUACCAAAUUAUAUAAAAUUUAUUUUUUCACUAAUUGUUAGGCAUCAAGUAGAUAGGUAUUAAAUAAUCCUAUUACCUAAUUGUUCGUAAUAUUAUACAAAACACCAAUUAGAAUAUAUUAGAAUACAAGCGAUAGCGUAGUGUUUAAUAAUUCUUGCAUUUACCCUUAUCCUACAUAUUAAAAAAAAUUCCUAACAUUUUUCAUAAUCAGUGUUUUAAAAUUUCUAUAUUUCCCUAGUGUUUGUAACUACCUCGAAAUUUAUACAUUCAUAAAUAUCAGGUUAUCAAUAUUAAAAUCAACUGCCACUGGAUUUCAAUCAUCAAUUAAUUAAUUUAAUUAAUACAAUUCCUUUUGUUUUUAUUUAUAUUGAUAUUCGACAACCUAUAUACAUUGUUUCAUAAUAUGAAUACGCACAAUGAACUUCGUUUCAAAUGUGGCAAUGUAGUACAGCUAGGCAAUUGUUUGGUUCAUAUUAUAGACUCCUAAAUGGUCACCAUUAAAUAUUUAGUCACUAAGUUUAAUUAAUUGCUUUUAGACCGUUUCAUAGGUGGCUUACAGAAUUAACUAAAGUUGAAUCAAACCUUAUAGUAGAAUGGAAGUAUUUUGGCGCCUAGGCAAUUUUCUAAUAACCUACGAGCCAUAGGUAGGGAGGUACGUAGGUAUAUAGCAUAAAAAAAACAAAACUGAUUUGAGUUUUAUGUAAAUAAGGUAUUGCCUACAAUUUUACAAUGUAUACACGUAGGCAUCUUGUGUAAUAUUUUGUAUUUUAAAUUAUGACCGAAUAUUGCCUAAGCACCAAUUUAGUUUUAAUCUAUUAAACAUCUUUGCAAGGAACUCUCAUUUUUAUCUACAUUUUAAAGUAAAAACUAUUUAUUUAUAAUAAGAAUUGACCAAAAACGUUGUUUAAGAUUGAUAAACGUAUAACAUGUAAAUAUUAAGCGAUAAAAUCAUUAAGACAUUAUGUAUAAAGUAAUUAUGUAAAUAAACAGUUGUAUUUGCGAAUUUUAAUGUAAAUAAUUAAUUAAAUGAAAGAUACAGUUCCAGUAAAGCUAUUUUAAAUUACGUUCAAUUGUAAUAAUAACAAACUAUAAUGUUGUAUGCCAACGGUAUGUUCUAAGCGGUGCGUAAACAGAUGGAUAUGAAACAUUUGUGAUCAUUGUUGACGAAAUGAAAGUGUAACUUCGAUUAUAUGAGCUGUAGUAUUUUUUAAACUGAA